CUAAUUAGAGGCUUUGUAAUUAAUUAAUCAAAAUUAAUUGCAUUUUAAUUGCAUAAAUAUUUGACCUGAGAACAGUGAGAAGUAAUUUUUUUCACAUGGAUUUUUAUUUUUGUUCAACCAAUUCCAGCAGACAAGUGUAGAAAUAGCAUAUUUAGAAAUAUAGUACUUUCAGAAAUUCAGGUAGCCUAUAGGUAAGUAGACCUUCUGUAAACUAUGUUUUUUUAAGUAGACCAAUACUUUCAGGUACAUUCAGAACAUUGGUUAUUUUUUCAGACGUGGACUUAGUUACCCUGGUCCUUAAACCAGUCAUCUGGUGCAGCGUGGGUUGGGUGUGGGUCCUUGUACUCGGGUCGGGCUAACGUCCACGCUAGCUGCUAAUUGUUUUGCGUUGAGGUGAUACUUGAGGCUCGAUGUGAAUUCCUUGUUGCACAGGUUGCACACAACCACGCUCUUAUCGACGCUUCCAUCCGUGUGUUUAUUAUAAUAAGAUUUCCCAUUCACGGGGCCACCCGACACGGUCUCGUCAGCUUCUUCGUUCAUGUUCACUGUGGUUUGUUGUUGUCUGAAGUCAUGAACGCUAGUUGGUGCUCCGGUAUAAUCGGUCCCCCCGAAACUCAUCCAGUGAGAAACGUUCCACGGUGCAAAAAAUAAGUGUAAAAAUGCGUAUAAAAUGAGGUAUAAAUAUGAAUUUAAAAUGUAAUCACGAUGACGUUUUCCAUCUAUGUAUUUUUUUUGCUGGAACUGUGCAGUAUUUUGCUGGAUUUUGAUGACGCGUUGUCAUGGUAACCCACAAGGAGCAGAAUACGCCCCAUCCAAACUGUCCAGGGUUAGCGAGGGUCAGGCUUAAACGAACCAUGACUUCGCACAAAAUCAGUCGCAUUUCUUCGGAAAUCAGUGACCCCGAGGAGGAAGGAAUCGCCACAGUGAGCAUGCUCGAUGUGCGCCUCGAAGAGAUGAGUGAGAGCCUUGUGCUACAGCGGCUGAUAGUGAUCGCUCGCCUCUCCCCCCAUCUUGCUGACAGGACAGAAUUGGGAGCUCAUCACGAAGAACUCCACUCUCGGCUGGGCACACAAUACAUGUUGGAUCAGAUGACGGGCCUGCUGCUGAUCUAUCCAUCCUGUCUGCUGCAUGUCAUCGAAUCAUCCAGGGACGUCCUGGUCUCUGUUCUGAGAGACCUGACAGACAUGCAACAACAGCCAGAUGGUGCCCUUGUGGAAGCUUCCAAGGUCGUGUUCAUGGAACAUAACCCUCAAAGCAGAAUGUUCAAGCAGUGGAGCUACGAGGUGCUCGAUGGCGAUCAGGGGAAGCGGCUGGAGGAGGAGGAGAGCACGGAGGCUCUGGUCCUCAGCCUCCUGUCGGCGCUGCAGAAACUGCCUGCACGCCUUCCAGCACCUGAGGCUGACCCUGGGUCAGUGGGUCCUGGGACUCCGGAGCCGAGCGUCUCUCAGACGCUCCUCACGAAGCUGCUGGCCCGAGACGAGCUGCUGACCCCACAGCAACACCUGCAGAUGUUCAACUCGCCCUUAAACAUCAGCACGGACGCGGGACAAGUCGUACGAAGCAGUUGCCUCAGUACGGUUUAACCCUUUGGACAAAAGGUGAAAGAAUGUGUUUGGCCUUCAGCGAAGCACCUCGGCCGAGACGGAGGAAGAAAUCACUGCAGCACUUUUAUAUCUGCAUUCGAAACAAUGUCGCCGGUUUCUCUGUUUUUUCUUCUUUUUUGUUGCUGUUAUUCAGAAAGCUUCGUCCCCUUCAUGUAAAACUAGUAUGAGUGAAAUAACAUUGAAUACCACAUUUCCAACAAGAGCACAGAAAAGCCAAGUAAAAAAAAACAUUUUUAAUAGUUUCCACAUUCGGAUGAGGUUACUUUUAUCUCUAUGUUGUUCCGCUUGGUGAAGGCGUUUCCUCUUCCCUCCAAACAUUUAUGAAGAGUCCACAACGCCACACUAGUUUUGACACAAAGAACUUUGAAGUCUAAAAAGAUUCCUUCACCACUCGUGUGUUCCCUUUUUUAUUUUGGCCCCCAUUACUUUAAGGAAAAAAGAAAGAAAGAAGGAUGGUUGGAUUGGCCGCAUGCACCACAGUGUAAUCUACAAACUGUACCAGUCAAAACCAUCCGGUUUGGGCGGGAUUUAUUUUAUCUUGCGUUGUGAUUUCCUUUUGAAAGUCAAAUAAACUUCCUUUAAAAGCG